GAGGGAAGAAGGGAGGGAAAGUGGUGUUCUGUGGAAAGGGGCGGAAGGAGGGGAAGGCAAAAAAGAAAAGGGAACAGAAACAUGGCGGUCUGCGGUCGGGACGGGCUCGUCGCGGGCAGCGCCUAGACAUCGGUCCUCCCGCAGCGCCCGCGGCCCGCCGCCCGCGAGCCCCUCGGCCGGCAGUUGCCCUCGCUGCAGGCGGUGCCCCUCGAGACCCGGCCGCGCGGAGGCGCAGGCGCAGAGGGGCCGCCGGAUUCCCGGCCCUGCCUGCUGAGGGUGCCCAGGCCGCGUCUCCGGCGCCUUCUCGCCCCAGGAAGCCGCUUGUUGUGUCGGGCCGUCGCUGACGGGGCUGACGCAGGAAACAGACAGCAGUCAUGAUAGAAGACAAAGGACCAAGAGUGACAGACUACUUUGUUGUGGCAGGUCUCACGGAUACAUCAACUCUUCUAGAUCAAGAAGUAAACCGUAUAGAUACUAAAUCAACUGGCCCUAAAGCUCCAAUCACAGACAUUGCAGUUAUUAUCAAGUCAGCUGGGGAAGCUGUACCCGAAGGGUACACCUGUGUUGAAGCCACUCCGUCAGCACUCCAAGCAAACUUGAACUAUGGAAGUCUGAAAAGCCCAGAGCUUUUCCUGUGUUAUAAGAGAGGGAGAGAUAAACCUCCCCUUACAGAUAUUGGAGUGCUAUAUGAAGGGAAAGAAAGGCUUAUUCCAGGAUGUGAAGUGAUCCAAGCCACGCCCUAUGGUCGCUGUGCCAAUGUCAACAAUAGUUCAACUACUUCACAGAGAAUUUUUAUCACCUAUCGCAGGGCUCCUCCAGCUCGGUCCCAGAAUUCCUUGGCUGUAACUGACAUCUGUGUUAUAAUCACCAGUAAAGGGGAAACCCCUCCUCAUACUUUCUGCAAAGUCGAUAAGAAUUUAAACUGUGGCAUGUGGGGUUCCAAUGUGUUUCUGUGUUAUAAGAAGUCUGUGCCUGCUUCAAAUGCAAUAGCAUAUAAGGCUGGUUUGAUUUUUCGAUAUCCAGAAGAAGAUUAUGAGUCUUUUCCGCUCUCAGAAUCCGUGCCUCUGUUUUGCCUUCCUAUGGGAGCCACUAUUGAAUGCUGGGAUCCUCAAACCAAAUAUCCACUUCCUGUUUUCUCAACAUUUGUCUUGACAGGUUCUUCAGCUGAAAAGGUCUAUGGAGCUGCCAUCCAGUUUUAUGAGCCUUACCCUCGAGAACUUCUAACAGAGAAGCAACUUAUGCAGCUGGGCCUGUUGACCCCCGUGGAGAGAAAAGUGGUCUCCAAACCCAUCAAUUCAAACAAGUGCAUUUGUUUGCUUUCACACUGGCCUUUUUUUGAUGCUUUUAAGAAAUUUCUUAUGUUUAUCUACAAAGUUUCUGUGUCUGGACCACAUCCUCUUCCCAUUGAAAAACACAUCUCACAUUUUAUGCAAAACAUCCCUUUUCCUUCACCACAAAGACCAAGAAUCCUUGUACAGCUAUCAGUCCACGAUGCGUUAAUAUUAUCACAACCAGUUUCCACACCUUUACCAUUAAGUGGAGCCAACUUUAGUACCUUACUGAUGAAUUUGGGUCCUGAGAAUUGUGCAACAUUGCUGCUGCUGGUUCUACUUGAGAGUAAGAUUCUGCUGCAUUCUCUUAGGCCAGCUGUCCUGACUGGGGUAGCUGAAGCUGUUGUUGCUAUGAUCUUUCCAUUUCAGUGGCAGUGCCCAUAUAUUCCCCUUUGUCCUCUUUCACUGGCUGGAGUGCUUAGUGCACCUUUACCAUUUAUAGUUGGAGUGGACUCAAGGUACUUUGAUCUUCAUGACCCACCACAAGAUGUUGUUUGCAUUGACUUGGAUACGAAUAUGAUAUAUGUAUCUGAUGAAAAGAAGAACAUAAACUGGAAACAGCUUCCCAAAAAGCCAUGCAAGGGUCUGCUUGGGACCUUGAAGAGGCUGUAUCCCCAGCUCUGCUCAGUUCACCGAAAGACUCAGGAAAGUUCAGCAAUUGAGAUGACUCCAAUUGAAGCAGAUUUCUCUUGGCAAAAAAAGAUGACACAACUCGAGAUGGAAAUCCAAGAGACAUUUUUGCGAUUUAUGGCAUCUGUUUUAAAAGGGUAUAGGUCGUAUCUCAGACCAAUCACAGAAGCUCCUUCAAAUAAAGCCACAGCUGUGGAUUCAUUGUUUGAUCGACAGGGUUUUUUAAAAAGUCGGGAUCGCGCCUAUACAAAAUUCUAUACCCUUUUAUCUAAAACUCAGAUCUUUAUUCGUUUCAUUGAAGAAUGCAGUUUUGUAAGUGAUAAAGAUACUGGAUUGGCAUUUUUUGAUGACUGCAUUGAGAAGUUGUUUCCAGAUAAAGGUGUAGAGAAAACAGACAAGGUUGAUUUGGAUUCAGCAGAAGACACCAGAUUGAUAGAGCUAGAUGAUUCACAGAAAAGUGAACACACUGUAUUUAUAAUGCCCCCGGAGCCACCUCCUGAUGAUGGAAGUCACUUGUCACCUCAAUACAGUUACACAUGCUUUCCAAUUUUGGAUCGUAAGCUUUUUGACAGCCCACAAGAGCUGAAACUGUGCUUCAGUAGACAUCCUCCUGGGAGCAGCAUCACAAACAGUCCUGCUCUUAUGGCUAAAAGAACCAAACAGGAGAUAAAAACAGCUCAUAAGUUGGCGAAGAGAUGUUAUAUGAAUCCACUACAAUGGGCCAAGUGUCUUUUCAGUCACUGUUACAGCUUGUGGUUUAUCUGUCUCCCUGCCUAUGUUAGAGUUUCUCACCCUAAGGUCAAAGCGCUCCAGCAGGCAUACGAUGUGCUUAUAAAGAUGAGGAAGACAGACGUGGAUCCACUGGAUGAGGUGUGCUAUCGAGUGGUGAUGCAGCUUUGCGGACUUUGGGUUCAUCCUGUGUUAGCAGUGAGAGUCUUAUUCGAAAUGAAAACUGCUAGAAUAAAACCAAAUGCUAUUACUUAUGGCUAUUAUAAUAAGGUAGUUUUGGAGAGCCCAUGGCCCAGCAGUACUCGCAGUGGUAUUUUCUUAUGGACGAAAGUACGGAAUGUUGUACAUGGUUUGGCCCAAUUUAGGCAGCCACUUAAAAAGACUGGGCAAAAAUCACAGGUCUUUUCAGUAUCAGCUCCCCAGAAUGCUGCAGGUGGAAGUGAUGGGGACACAGUGAGCCAUGGCAGUGUGGAUAGUUGUAACGAUGCUAACAGUGGGGAGCACACAGUCUUUGUCAAAGACUUAAUCAGCCUUGAUUCCAUUGACAAUCACUCUAGCACAGGCGGUCAAUCUGACCAAGGCUAUGGGUCCAAGGAUGAGCUAGUAAAGGAAGAUGCAGAGGUUCAUGCACCCGAAGAGCAUGUGCCACAAGAACUGGCUGCCACAGAGCUGCACAUCGAAGAGGCGUGUGAUGUGUCUGACAUUGUCUCAAAACAAUCACAGCCUAGUCCAGAACCUCAGAGUCCUACUGAGCCUCCUGCUUGGGGCAGCAGUAUUGUGAAAGUUCCAUCUGGGUUAUUUGACACCAACAUCAGGACAAGUAGUAAUGGUAGUACAUCAAAUGUGCUAUUUUCUGCUCAAGCUCCAGUUGAAGAUGCCGUCUUUGGUGAGGUUACUAACUUUAAGAAGAACGGUGAUAGAGGAGAAAAAAGACAGAAGCAUUUCCCAGAGAGGAGCUGUAGCUUUAGUUCUGAAAGUCGGGCAGGGAUGCUGCUUAAGAAGAGCAGUUUGGAUCUGAAUUCAAGUGAAAUGGCUGUCAUGAUGGGAGCAGAUGCCAAGAUCCUCACAGCAGCACUGACAUGUCCUAAGACUUCUCCACUUCAUGUCUCAAGAACUCAUAGCUUUGACAAUGUUAAUUGUCAUCCAACUGAUACGAGGACUCGCAUGUCAGAGGGCACUUGGGAUUUUGAGCACAAAGCAUCUCCUGUGCUGGAGAUGUUGGAGGAAAGCCAAGAACUCCCGGAAUCUGUGGUUGAUGAUACUGCUGCAGAGACUACAGCAAAGGUUACAUGUGACAGUCUGCAGAAUGAGAGUAAUAGCAGCCAGUCCAGAGACAGGAAAGCGGGAUCCAAAGAUACCGUGAAUAAGAGAAGUAGUUCAUAUGCUGUUGGAAAAACCAUUGAGAGGAAAGGUGUUGAAACUGGACUAGAUCCUUUGUCCCUUUUAGCCACGGAAUGUGUAGAAAAAACUUCUGAUUCUGAAGAGAAGUUUUCUCCAGUAAUUUCACGUAAUUUGGCUGAUGAAAUUGAAAGUUACAUGAACCUAAAAAGUCCUCUGGGUAGUAAAUCUUCUAGUAUGGAAUUGCAUGGAGAGGGAAACCAAGAGCCUGGCUCCCCUGCUUCAUUUGCUCACCGUUUAGAAAGGAGAUCGAGUCUACCUUUAGACCACGGUCCACCAGCCCAAGACAGUCCAGACAUUGAGAAAAGCUCCCCUGCAGUGUCCAGGUCUAAGACAUUGACUGGGCAUUUCAAGCCACAAACUCCUUACCGUACUUACAAAGACCGGUCUACUUCUUUAUCAGCGUUAGUGCGUUCUUCACCAAAUAGCUCUUUGGGUUCUGUAGUAAAUUCUUUAUCAGGUCUAAAGUUGGACAAUAUACUCUCAGGGCCCAAAAUAGAUGUUCUAAAAUCUAGUAUGAAACAAGCAGCAACAGUAGCCAGUAAGAUGUGGGUGGCUGUUGCAUCUGCCUACAGCUACUCAGACGAUGAGGAAGAAACUAAUAAAGAUUAUAGUUUCCCAGCUGGCCUAGAAGAUCAUAUACUGGGAGAGAAUGUAUCGCCUAAUACAAGUAUCUCAGGGUUGGUUCCCAGUGAACUUACCCAGAGCAACACAAGCCUCGGCAGUAGUAGCAGCAGUGGAGAUGUUGGGAAACUGCAGUGUCCAACAGGUGAAAUUCCAUUUUCAAGAAAUAUCAAAGGGCAGGACUUUGAAAAAUCAGACCAUGGUUCUUCGCAGAAUACCAGUAUGUCCAGCAUCUAUCAAAACUGUGCGAUGGAGGUUUUGAUGUCAAGUUGCUCACAGUGUAGAGCUUGUGGAGCUCUGGUUUAUGAUGAAGAAAUAAUGGCUGGAUGGACUGCAGAUGAUUCAAAUUUGAAUACAACCUGCCCAUUCUGUAAAAGCAACUUCUUGCCUCUUCUCAAUGUAGAAUUUAAAGACCUAAGAGGCUCUGCCAGCUUUUUCCUGAAACCAAGUACAUCUGGUGACAGUUUGCAAAGUGGCAGCAUUCCAUCGGCAAAUGAGCCCUCAGAGCACAAACCUGUGUCCAGUUCAGCAGAACCUGACUUGAUCAGUUUUAUGGAUUUCUCAAAACACAGCCAGACCAUAAUAGAAGAAGCAAGCUAUACAGUUGAAUCAAGUGAUGAAAUAAAGAAAACCAGUGUUGAUGUCCAAAGUGUGAAAAUUUCAUCUGUGCCUAAUAGUUUAUCUAAACGAAAUGUGUCUUUGACUCGAAGUCAUAGCGUUGGAGGUCCUUUGCAAAAUAUUGACUUCUCCCAGCGACCAUUUCAUGGUAUUUCAACAGUUAGUCUUCCAAAUAGUCUGCAAGAAGAUGUGGACCAUCUAGGAAAAAGGCCCAAUCCUCCUCCUGUGUCUGUGCCCUAUUUGAGCCCUCUAGUACUUCGGAAGGAACUUGAAUCUUUGCUAGAAAAUGAAGGUGAUCAGGUCAUUCAUACAUCCUCUUUCAUCAAUCAACAUCCAAUCAUUUUCUGGAACCUGGUUUGGUAUUUCAGACGUUUGGACCUUCCUAGCAACUUGCCAGGACUUAUCCUCACAUCUGAACAUUGUAAUGAAGGUGUGCAGCUUCCUCUAUCAUCUUUGUCCCAGGACAGCAAACUUGUGUAUAUACAACUGUUAUGGGAUAAUAUCAACCUUCAUCAGGAACCAGGAGAACCUCUAUAUGUCUCAUGGAGGAACUUGAAUUCUGAGAAGAAACCAUCAGAGGAGCAGCAGGCAGCCAGCGCUUUAGUUGAGACUAUCAGGCAGAGUAUUCAGCAGAAUGAUGUUCUGAAGCCCAUCAAUCUGCUUUCCCAGCAAAUGAAGCCGGAUGUGAAAAGACAAAGGAGUUUAUACAGAGAAAUCCUUUUCUUAUCAUUAGUGUCUCUGGGAAGAGAAAAUAUUGAUAUUGAGGCUUUUGACAAUGAAUAUGGACUUGCGUACAGAAGUCUAUCUUCAGAGAUUCUUGAAAAGUUACAGAAAAUUGAUGCCCCACCAAGUAUGAGUGUGGAGUGGUGCAGGAAAUGUUUUGGAGCGCCUCUCAUUUAAAUAAGAUACAUUCAAAUUUUGGUAGAGUACUGGGGAAAUAGAUCCUGCCUGGAAACUUUCUAGUUUUUCCCCAAAUCAUGACUUGGUGAAAGCUGCAAUGAAGUAACUCUUGGGGAUAAAAAUACAAAGAAACUGUAAUUCAUACUGAAUCAUCUUAGAAUGUAAAAUAUCACUCAACUCCCUGAAGUUUAUUGAUGUUGGAAAUUUUCAGUUCCUGACCUAUUUCUCUGCCUCUGCUGAAAACAACCAAAACUAUUUUUGGAUUUCACAGUAUGUGUAUAAUUAAUAUUGUCAUCUUUCUAGAUACUUGGUUUUAUUGAAGCUGCUGAGCUGGAAAAUGGCAAAUUAAAUUUG